GGGGGGGGGGGUGGAGAGAGAAGAGGGAGUCUAUAUCACGUGACAGGGGCGGCGCGGCCCGGGGUGUCAGUGUGGAGGAGACUGAGCAUUCUACCUUGUAAAUACUGUUAUUUGUAUAUACUGUAAAUGAUGACAUCAGUGGGCACUAACCGAGCCCGGGGAAACUGGGAGCAGACACAGACACAGAACCAGACACAGCACAAGCAGAGGCCACAGGCUACUGCAGAACAGAUAAGACUUGCACAGAUGAUAUCGGACCACAAUGAUGCUGACUUUGAGGAGAAGGUGAAGCAACUGAUUGAUAUCACAGGCAAGAACCAGGAUGAAUGUGUGAUUGCAUUGCAUGACUGCAAUGGAGAUGUCAAUAGAGCUAUCAAUGUGCUGCUGGAGGGGAACCCGGAUACGCAUUCCUGGGAAAUGGUUGGGAAAAAGAAGGGAGUCUCCGGACAGAAGGAUGGCGGACAGAUGGAAUCCAAUGAGGAAGGCAAAGAGAAUCGAGACCGAGAUAGGGAUUAUAGCAGGCGACGUGGUGGACCACCAAGGCGGGGAAGAGGCGCCAGUCGUGGACGAGAGUUUCGAGGUCAGGAAAAUGGACUGGAUGGUGCUAAGACUGGAGGCCCAUCUGGAAGAGGCACAGAAAGAGGCCGAAGGGGCCGUGGACGAGGCAGAGGUGGCUCUGGUAGGAGGGGAGGACGAUUUUCUGCCCAAGGCAUGGGAACCUUUAACCCAGCUGAUUAUGCAGAACCAACCAACACCGAUGAAAACUAUGGCAAUAAUAGUGGCAAUACGUGGAACAAUACUGGCAGUUUUGAGCCAGAUGAUGGGACGAGACUUGAUUUCAUGGGGGUUGAGGGGUCAAAUUAUCCCCGAAAAUUUGAGACUGCUCCUGGUGCAUGGAGGACUGCAACAGAGGAAUGGGGUACAGAAGAUUGGAAUGAAGAUCUUUCUGAGACCAAGAUCUUCACUGCCUCUAAUGUGUCUUCAGUGCCCCUGCCUGCAGAAAAUGUGACAAUCACUGCUGGUCAGAGGAUCGACCUUGCUGUGUUACUAGGGAAGACACCUUCUUCAAUGGAGAAUGAGUCAACCAAUAUGGAUCCAUCUCAGGCUCCUUCCCUGGCCCAGCCUUUGGUGUUCAGUAACUCAAAGCAGAGCACCAUAUCGCAGCCUGCAUCAGGAAGCACCUUCUCCCAUCACAGCAUGGUGAGCAUGCUAGGAAAGGGGUUUGGUGAUGUCGGCGAAGCUAAAGGUGGUAGCACCACAGGCUCCCAAUUCUUGGAGCAGUUCAAGACAGCCCAGGCUUUGGCCCAGUUGGCAGCUCAGCACUCUCAGUCGGGUGGGAGCACCACCACUUCCUCUUGGGACAUGGGCUCUACAACACAAUCCCCAUCGCUGGUGCAGUAUGAUUUGAAGAACCCAACAGAUUCAGCAGUCCACAGCCCAUUCACAAAACGCCAGGCCUUCACCCCAUCUUCAGCCAUGAUGGAGGUGUUCCUGCAGGAAAAGCCACCUGCAGUGACCACCUCUACAACUGCACCUCCGGCCCCUUCCUCUCCAUUGCCGAGCAAGUCCACCUCAGCUCCACAGAUGUCCCCGGGAUCUUCAGACAACCAGUCCUCCAGCCCCCAGCCGGCUCAGCAGAAACUGAAGCAGCAAAAGAAAAAGGCCUCCUUGACUUCGAAGAUUCCUGCUCUGGCAGUGGAGAUGCCUGGCUCAGCGGAUAUCUCAGGGCUAAACCUGCAGUUUGGGGCAUUACAGUUUGGGUCAGAGCCUGUCCUCUCAGAGUAUGAGUCCACUCCUACCACGAGCGCCUCGUCAAGUCAGACUCCAAGCAGUCUCUAUACGAGCACUGCAAGUGAGUCUUCAUCCACAAUUUCAUCCAACCAGAGUCAGGAGUCUGGCUACCAGAGCGGCCCAAUUCAGUCGACAACCUAUACCUCCCAAAACAGUGCUCAGGGCCCGCUCUAUGAACAGAGAUCCACACAGACUCGGCGGUACCCCAACUCCAUCUCCUCGUCUCCCCAGAAGGACCUGACUCAGGCAAAGAAUGGCUUCAGCUCCGUGCAGGCCACACAGUUACAGAACACACAAUCUGUUGAAGGUGCUACUGGCCCUGCGGUGAAAUCUGACUCACCCUCUGCUCCCAGCAUCCCCCCUCUCAAUGACACGGUAUCUGCAGCUUCCUUGCUGACCACAGCCAAUCAGCAUUCAUCUGCAUUGGGUGGCUUGAGCCACAGUGAGGAGCUUCCAAAUACUACCACCACCCAACACAGCAGCACAUUAUCUACACAACAGAAUACACUUUCGUCAUCAUCAUCUUCUGGGCGCACUUCAACAUCAACUCUUUUGCACACAAGUGUUGAAAGUGAGGCGAGCCUUCAUUCUUCCUCCAGCACUUUCUCUACUGCAUCCAGCACAGUCUCGGCGCCUCCUCCUGUGGUCAGCGUCUCAUCCAGCCUAAACAGUGGCAGUAGUCUAGGCCUCAGCCUGGGCAGUAACUCUACCGUCACCGCCUCAACCAGAAGCUCAGUCGCCACAACUUCAGGAAAAGCUCCCCCCAACCUUCCUCCUGGGGUCCCACCGUUGUUGCCUAAUCCAUAUAUCAUGGCUCCAGGGCUGUUACAUGCCUACCCGCCACAAGUGUAUGGUUAUGACGACUUGCAGAUGCUUCAGACAAGAUUCCCCUUGGAUUACUACAGCAUCCCGUUCCCUACACCUACCACUCCGUUGACCGGGAGGGAUGGUAGCCUGGCCAGCAAUCCUUACUCUGGUGACCUCUCAAAAUUCGGCCGUGGAGAUGCCUCGUCCCCAGCCCCAGCCACAACCCUGGCACAGCCCCAGCAGAAUCAGACGCAGACUCACCACACCACACAGCAGACAUUCCUGAACCCGGCGCUGCCUCCUGGCUACAGUUACACCAGCCUGCCGUACUACACAGGGGUCCCGGGCCUCCCCAGCACCUUCCAGUAUGGGCCUGCUGUAUUCCCUGUCGCUCCUACCUCUUCCAAGCAGCAUGGUGUGAAUGUCAGUGUGAACGCAUCGGCCACCCCUUUCCAACAGCCAAGUGGGUAUGGAUCUCAUGGAUAUAACACUGGUGUAUCAGUCACCUCCAGUAAUACAGGCGUGCCAGAUAUUUCGGGUUCUGUGUACUCCAAAACUCAGCAGUCCUUUGAGAAACAAGGUUUUCAUUCUGGAACUCCUGCUGCCUCCUUCAACUUGCCUUCAGCCCUGGGGAGUGGAGGGCCUAUCAAUCCGGCCACAGCUGCUGCCUAUCCGCCAGCCCCUUUUAUGCACAUCCUGACCCCCCAUCAGCAGCCACACUCCCAGAUCCUCCAUCACCACCUGCAGCAGGAUGGCCAGGUUCUGCCUCAGCUACCAUAUUUGCAGAUGAUUCUCUGUUGCCAGCGCCAGCAGGAGGAGCAGAAUUGUGCUAUUGCUGACCGGAGAGGGACUAGAACUUCCAAGGGUUUCACCGAUUAUGCAGACAACAACUUCUUUGGAUUAAGGGCUUAAGGGAGAGUGUAGCCUUUGAAUGAUCUUUUGGCAGGAGGAGAAAUGGAGGAACAUGACAGUUCCCAGGCCUUCCCACCAAAAGGUCCCUGCUAAUUGGCCUCCUUUCUCCUCCCUGUCCUCCCCCCACCCCAAUAUCCCUUCCC